AUGCUCGGAUUCCCGAUCCCGACACUCACCUCGUUGGUCGUGGCGGUCACCAACUUCGCUUUCACCCUUGUGGCCCUCUUGUUGAUCGACCGUAUCGGGAGGAGGCGCAUUCUGCUCUGGUCGAUUCCGUUCAUGGUGGUGGGCCUCAUCCUCGCAGCACACGGCUUCUCGUUUAUCACGCUCGCUGCCGUCGAUUCGACCGGUGACAAACCUACCGCCGCCCCUGCUCAGGGGGCGGCAAUUACCAUUCUCGUGAGCAUCAUGGUCUACGUCGCUGGUUACGCCUUGGGAUUGGGGAAUGUGCCCUGGAUGCAGAGCGAGCUGUUCGCGCUCAACGUGCGGUCGCUUGGGAGCGGCAUUGCCACGGCAACCAACUGGGGAGCCAAUUUUGUCAUAGGGCUGACCUUCCUACUGCUCAUGGAUGCGCUCACGCCGUCCUGGACAUUCGUGCUCUAUGCGGGAAUAUGCGCCGUUGGGUAUGGGUUGAUCUGGAACUUCUACCCGGAAACGGCAGGGCUGAGCUUGGAAGAAGCGGCGAGUCUUCUGGAAGAUGACCGAUGGGGUGUGCGUUGA